GCUGCCUGCGCGGCCGCUGCUGCCCGAGUCGUGGUGCGGUGGCCAUGGCCCAGGCCGCGAUCGUGGUGGGCGAGGUGACCCAGGUGCUGUGCGCGGCCGGCGGCUGUUUGGAGCUGAGCCAGCUGCGGCGUCGGUUGCGGGCGAGCAUGGGCCUCGACGCCUUGGAGCGGCUGCUGCGGGAACACCAGCGCUUCGUGGUGGUGGCGCGGGCGGGCGCGGGCGGCGCGGCGGCAGCGGCGGCGGCGGGCCCCGAACUCGUGGUGCUGGCCGCCUCGUCGCUGCGUCUGUGCCGCUCGUACCAAGGGCUCAAGCCCGGCUGCUUGGGGCUGUGUGGCCAGCUCCACCUAUGCAAGUUCAUGAUUUUUGGUUCCUGCAGAUUCAUGAGAGCCGGAAAGAACUGUAGGAAUGGUCACAACUUGAAGACUGAUCACAACCUUAGUGUCCUGAAAGUUCAUGGCAUUGACCACCUCAGCUAUAGUGAGCUGUGCCAACUCUUGUUUCAAAAUGACCCGUGGCUUUUGCCGGAAAUCUGCCUACAUUACAACAAAGGAGAUGGACCUUUCGGCUCUUGUUCCUUUCAAAUGCAGUGUAUCAAACUCCAUGUCUGCCAGUACUUCUUACAGGGAGAGUGCAAGUUUGGCACUAGCUGUAAGAGAUCCCAUGAUCUCUCUAACACUGAGAAUCUAGAGAAGUUGGAGAAAUUGGGCAUAAGCUCUGACCUGGUGAGCAAGCUGCCUUCCAUUUACAGAAAUGCACAUGACAUCAAGAAUAAGGGCUUGGUCCCCAUCAAAGUGCCCCCUGCUCCUGCAGGCCCUCAGGGGCCUUCUGAAAGAAGAGACAGUUCAGGUUCAGUGUCUCCAAACACUCCUAGCCAGGAGGAGAGUGAUCAGAUCUGUUUGUACCAUAUUCGAAAAAGUUGUAGCUUUCAAGAUAAGUGCUAUAGAGUGCAUUUCCAUUUGCCAUAUCGAUGGCAGUUCUUCGAUGGAGGCAAAUGGAAGGAUUUGGACAAAAUGGAGCUUAUUGAAAAGGCAUAUAGCAAUCCCAGAAAAGACAGGAUCUUGUGUUCAGAGGCAAUUGGUGGCUUUCACUUUGGUCAUCUGAACUUCGACACCAUGAGAUUCUGUGCUUCCCAGGUUCGCCGCCUUUCUACAGCUUCCUCAGUCACCAAACCCCCACACUUCAUCCUCACUACAGACUGGAUUUGGUACUGGAAUGAUGAGUUUGAUUCUUGGCAAGAGUAUGGAAAACAGGGCACAACCCACCCUGUGACCACCAUCAGCAGCAGUGACGUGGAGAAGGCCUACCUGGCGUUCUGUGCCCCAGGGUCUGCCGCCCAAGCAGCCACUUUGAAGUUCCAGGCUGGAAAGCACAACUACGAGUUAGACUUCAAAGCUUUCACUCAGAAAAACCUGGCCUAUGGCACCAUCAGAAAGGUUUGCCGCAGACCCAAAUAUGUGUCUCCUCUGGAUGUGCAGACAAAGCAAGCCUGCACUGUCAAGUUUCAAGGCCCGAAGUCCAUCCCAGACUAUUGGGAUCCCUCAGCUCUGCCAGACCCAGGCUAUAAGAGGAUCACCCUCAGUUCUUCCUCUGAAGAGUAUCGUAAGGUCUGGAACCUGUUCAUCCGUACAUUACCUUUCUACUUUGUUCAGAAGAUCGAGCGAGUUCAGAACCUGGCCCUGUGGGAAGUCUACCAGUGGCAAAAAGGACAGAUGCAGAAGCGAAAUGAGGGGAAAGAGAUAGACGAGAGGCAGCUGUUUCAUGGCACCAGUGCCAACUUGGUGGACGCCAUCUGCCAGCAAAACUUUGACUGGCGCGUCUGUGGUCUUCAUGGCACUUCCUACGGCAAGGGGAGCUACUUUGCCAGAGAUUCUGCCUAUUCCCACCACUACAGCAAGUCGGACACAAAUACCUAUACCAUGUUCCUGGCCCGGGUGCUCGUGGGCAACUAUGUCAGGGGCAAUGCUGCCUUCGUCCGCCCUCCAGCCAAGGAAGGCCAGAGCAAUGCCUUCUAUGACAGCUGUGUGAAUAGCAUGUCUGACCCGUCUAUCUUCGUAGUCUUUGAGAAGCACCAGAUCUACCCUGAGUACCUCAUCGAGUACUCUACCUCCUACAAGCCCCCGACUAGCUCCUCCAUCAUGGUUGCUUUGGGCUCUUUGUUUGGCAGCCGGUAGUGAGUAGCCAAUGCCUUGGGCUUUUCCUGCUCAUCUGCCUUGGGAGAGCCAUUUGGGAUUUUUUAAAAUUAUAUUUUUAACAAAACUUUUAAUGAACUGUUGUUUAAUAUAGGGUUUUCAAUGAAGUUACAUUCUUAAUCCCUUGUUGGUAAUCCUUUUAGCUUUUAAGUAACUUUUGGGCUUGUUAGUAGUUUCACCAGUAGUGAUUGUAGAUGAGCCUAUGUUUGCUUUUUAAUGUUUUAGCAUUGUAAUUUUUACUUUGUUGACUUUGUGUAUUAUUGGCACCAGGCACAAAGUUUCUAGACAUUAUUUUAUGGAUUUUAAUUAAGAGUUUGUCUCUACAGUGUGAUUUCCAUUUUGGGAGGGUUUCAUGCCCACUGUUUUGCUUUUUGUCAGAGUGGCACAGUAGCUACCAGGGGAAGAGACCCCAGAGCAGGCCUAGGGACAUACCUCCACUUUUUGCCUCCUUUGGCACUAACCUAGGCUGCUCUUGGUGGCUUCUCCUUGGUUCUGGUGUUGAUUGAUCUGUGUCAUGCUGUCAGAACAAGAGGCUACCCUGGUAUCAUCAAGUUUCUGCUGUUUUUCUCCUGUUCUGGUGAGCAUAAGCAGCCAUGCAGAGGAAGCAUAGCCUGCCCUCUCCCCCCGCCCCUCUGACAAGAGACGUGGUUGUGUGCCCCUAGCAGCUCCUGGCUUGCCUGUGGGUGCACAUACUAACAUCAUUUAAGCUUCUGAACUCCCUCAGAUUGUAGGUUUUAUGUCUGUAUAACAUCAAAUACCUGUGCUGCAAUGUCAUGCCAAGAGUAUGGAAAUAAAAGAAUAUUAUCUGAA